GACCAGUACUUUACAUGUUGCGUUUAUAUUUUUGUUCAGUGUAUUUUUGUUCAGUAUAAUUGACUCCCUAAAUGAGGUGGGAGUUAGAGAUCCACAUAAAGUCUCCUCCCGGGCCUCUGGGGCCAGGAGUAAGCUCUGGUGCACCAACGGCUGGGGAUUUAGUGAUGUUAUCCAUUAAGUGCUAAAUAGCCAAACACAGGCAUGCUGAGUGUCCCUCAUUAACUGCCACCUCCAAAACCAGAACAGAUGAGGCGAGAUCGACUGCACUGUCUCUAGAAGAUGGAAUGAUGGGGAAAGACAAGAGGGUAGGGAAAGAAAGAACGGGACAGGGAGAGUAAGGGGAGUCAUGGUGAAAGGAAAGAUCUCUGCUCUAUGCUGUAAAGGGUAUAAUAAAUAUUGAGUAUAGUAAUCAUGUUAGUCAAAUUUUUGCCAAACUCUGUAUUCCAGUCUAUCCAAAUACGUAAUUAAAGUUGUGACAGAUAUGUGAGUAACACAUAGAUUGAUACUGUCACCCACAGAGCAGAUAAUAUAGUCAGCAACAUCUGCAUCUGUUAGCUUAGGUAACCAGAGUUGGGCCCUAGCAUAAAACUGAAAAAAAAAAAAAAAGACGUGACUCAAAAAAAGUCCAGAUGUUAAAGAAACAGACAGCAUCUCACUCCAGGUAGCCAUGCUGCAAAGCACAUUGUAAAUUAGACCUACUUUGGUCUGAAGAUUCCUGCAUCAAAAGUCAAGAAAGGGAAUCUGUAAGAUAGGAAAAAAGGUUGUAAAUAGACAAAGAAAAUACUUUUAUAAAUUCAAAAUACACAUAUAUUAAAUGUCAGACUUUUUCCAAACAGAGGGCUUAAGGUUGGACACACAACAUCUUUAUCUGCCCAGAAUUGCUAAAAGAUAGUGAAUCAAAUAUGUCACACUUCAUUGUCAUGGCUCUCCCGAGCUACAAAAAAAUGUUUUUAUCAGAUCUGGGUGAAAUAUUUUUUAUGUCAAAUACCUAUAAGUAUUUUAAGGUGUGCCUGGUUGAGCUAUUGAAACAAAACAAGUAUUAGAAAAUAUUUUUGAUGAUUUUGACAUUUGUGGUUAUUAUACAUGAGAGUUUUGCCUCUGUCGUGCAAGGCAACCACAACUGCCCAUCAUCUUUAAGGCAAUUAGUAGUACCCACAAUUGUGUCCUUUUGUAACACAACAUCUCUACUCUUUGGUCUUCAUCAGGAGACCUCUUUUUGUCUUUGUUUGUCAGUUGCUUAAUUUCGGGGGAUAAUUUGAAUUAACAAUAUUGUUUUGAAGUUUGAUCAUAUACAAUAACCAAAUUAGUAUGAUUAGUGUCCUCACUCUGGAAAUGUGUACAAAGUUAGGAGGAAGACACAAGAGGAACAAAAUCUAUUAAAUGGCCGCUUGAGAAAGCAAGCCGUCCCGCCAGAGUUUGUAUUCCCCCUCCCUGAUGAUAAUUACGUUUAAUGAGAUCUGGGGGUCGUCUGCAGUGUGCACUGAAACAAAUUACUCCCAGCAUGGGGCCCUUGGGGGGGGGGGCUUGUUUUUGUCCAGCACAGAGGGCCACUAGCUGGGGUCAACUGCGUUGGCCCUGUGGGGCUGCCACUCAACGACCCAGACCAUGAAUCUGUGACAUGUCGUUUCUGUCUGCUUUUGUCUUCACACUCCCCACCUUGUUUGUCUGAGUGAGAUAAGCCUUGAAGGUGCCUGUCUUGCUGCAUUGUGUGGCCCCUGUUGUCAAUGUUGUCAAUCCAUCAAGCCCAUUACCCCACCCCUGGACCAACACCCCUCCUCUCCCCCUUUCUGCCUUCGCAGCUGAUAAUUCUGCCAUCAUUUUCUGGUCGUAGGGGGUGUCUCAGUCAAUUUAGUUAAGCCAUUAACCACUAAUUGUCUCCUCCCACAUUGUGGCUUGAACAAACAGCAUAGCAGGGGGGAGAGAGAGGGUUCUCCAGGGCCUUUAUAAGCCAUGGGGCACAAGAGGAGCUUGAUAUCAAACACACCUGCCUAGACUGGCUGAGGUCUAGACUGGCUGAGACAGGACAUCUAUACUGGCUGAGACCCUCCAUUUUGGAAACUCUCUUCACUCUCUGUCGCAAUAUUUCUUCAACUCCAUUCGGACAAGCUCCUUUUUUCUCUCUUCCUCUAUCAUUCUCUCUUUUUCGACCUAAUUGCAUGUUUUGUGGAGAUGAUGUCAACCAGGAUUCUGUGGCUCCUGUCUCUCUGGCUGUGUAUGCCCUUGGCCCAGGGCCGUAUCUGGGCCUGGAUGCUCAACAUGCCCCACAGUCCCCCCAAGAAAGGACCCAUGGCUCUCAUGGACAGCACCCCUCCAGUCAACACCAAAGGAUCCACGGGUGUGUGUGACCAUGACCGCGCCUGUGGUCGAAGCUUCUCCUGUGACCGUCACUUUGGCCUGUGUUUUCCUCUCCGUGGGGAGGGCCAGUACUGCAGGAGGGAUGCCCAGUGUGUCCGAGGACUCAGCUGCAUGUUUGGGAAGUGCCACCGUCGCAUUUCUGAGGGACAAGAGGGUGCUAGGUGUAAAGUAGACAGGGACUGCGGCGAGUCUGUGUGCUGUGCCCGUCAUCACAGUGAGCAGUUGUGUAAGCGGCGUCUGUUGCGAGAUGAGAGCUGCUUCGUUCCCGAAGGCGGCCUAACGUUCAGCAUCAACCAGAUCUGCCCAUGUGAUGAAGGCCUGCUGUGUCGUGGCGCUGUUGAGCCCAAAUGGCGAGAGAAGGAGUUUGUCUACCACCCUGACACUACAAGUUGGACCUGUCAAGCCCCAAAGCCUUGAUGAACACUUUGAUCAAUUAACCAGUUAUUUAUUAUGUCAGUAUCGUGUGUAUACCGAUAUGACUGUAUAUACUAUAAUGUAAAUUUUUCUUACAUUUGUUGUCGUUUUGUAUAUUUUAACAAAUGCACUGUUUAGCGAGGCCAAUUACCAUCAUAGUUUUCUUGUCAAAGUAAAUCGUUAUUAAAAUCGAGUUCAUGUCGUCUGGUCAUGUCAGACAAUGUCAUCUGAUGAAAUAAACGCUAAAAUGAAAGCUGUUAUUUUGUA